AUGGAAGGCACGCUGAUCUCAUCGUCGCCACUCAGGUUCCACCCGUUGACAUCGUCACAAAGGAUCACCACAGGGAUCAAGAAGAGAAUACAAACCACCGUGUGCGGUGGCUACUACUACAGAGGAGGAAGAGUGGUGGACGAGAACAUGGUGAUCCUUAGGAAACGGAUCCAUGAGAGAAAGAUGGUCGAGCGAAACUAUGAACCUCCUUCUCAUUGGAUGCAGUGGGAGAAACGUUUCUACUGCAACUACGAUGCUAACAUAUGUGCUGCUCUCUCUCUUCUCCAGAGUUUUCUAAUGAACUCUCGUCCCAGCGUUGCGUUUGGAACGCUUCUUCUUCUCUUUGUCAGCGUCCCUGUCUCCACCGCCUUCUUUGCGUUUCGCAUUCUUGACAUUGUUCUUUGGCUUUUUGAUGCCACUCACGUAGGAUGA